CUCCGCCUCAAUCAACUGAAUGUUGACGUUUACCACCAGGAAUGCUGCAGCCAGCUUCUCGACAGCUUGCAGUCUGCUCGUAGAGGUGCACGUCUAGUGCAAUGCAGGCAAGGUGAAGUUGAAUGCAUACAGUAUAGGAAAUGGGUGACAGAAACGAUAGAGUCCCCAUGAUGACGCGCAGAACAAGGAGAUCGACCAUCGGUCCCACGCCAGCCGUGCCCAAUUCAAAACAUGCCAACAACGGUGGCAAGCAAGCUACAGCAGGGGAAAAACCGCCAAGCCAUUUGAGCCACAGCCACGGGAAGGUGAAAGAGGAAAAACGGGCGCACGCGCCAGUCACAACAACGCCACGCUACGAAAGAAACAAAAUAACCGAAAGACUCAGCUGCCAUGUCCUCCAGGAAUCCCUGCUCAGCUCUGCCAGUGGUUACCGUAACUACAGGGGUAUCCUCAACUGGUGUGUAGUCAUGCUGGUCUUGAGCAAUGCACGACUUUUCCUGGAGAAUCUUAUAAAAUAUGGGAUACUGGUGGACCCUAUCCAAGUGGUGUCCUUGUUCCUAAAAGACCCAUAUAGCUGGCCUGCACUUUGCCUGGUCAUCGUUUCAAACGUGUUCAUAAUGGCAGCUUUGUACACGGAGCGAAGGCUAUCAGUGGGCACCAUCUCAGAGACUACUGGAACCUUCCUUCAUUUUGUCAAUCUUACUACCCUCCUUUGCUUCCCAUCAGCCACUGUGCUCACAUUGACCUCCAUGACCCCAGUGGGCGGAGUCUUUGCCCUGGGGGUGUUCACCAUCUUGUUCCUCAAGCUGUACUCCUAUAAAGAUGUGAACAUGUGGUGCAGGGAGAUAAGACACUCCAACGCCCGCACUCUGACCCGCUCCCAGUCCUGUCCAUCUGUCGCCCGGUCCAAUGGUUCCGCUGUACAUGCUCAUGUCUCCUACCCUGGGAAUCUCACGCACAGAGAUAUCUACUAUUUUGUGUUGGCCCCAACUCUCUGCUAUGAGCUGAACUUCCCUCGGUCGCCACGAAUACGCAAGAGCUUCCUGCUCAGGAGACUGUUUGAGAUGCUUUUCUUAAUGCAGUUACUGAUUGGCUUGGUGCAACAGUGGAUGGUACCGACAAUUCAGAAUUCUAUGAAACCAUUCCAGGACAUGGACUUUUCCAGAAUGAUGGAGCGCAUGCUGAAACUGGCUGUUCCCAAUCAUUUAAUCUGGCUCAUCUUUUUCUAUUGGUUUUUCCACUCUUCCAUGAACUUCGUAGCUGAGUUGUUGCAGUUUGGCGACAGAGAAUUUUACCGUGACUGGUGGAACUCGGAGACUGUCACCUACUUCUGGUCUAACUGGAACAUUCCUGUGCACAAGUGGUGUCUCCGCCAUUUUUACCAGCCCAUUAUGAGGAGAGGUGUGAGUAAAUGGGUCGCCCGCACGGCUGUCUUCCUGCUCUCCGCCUUCUUUCACGAGUACUUGGUGAGCGUUCCGCUGAAAAUGUUUCGACUUUGGGCGUUCAUGGGCAUGAUGGCUCAGAUUCCGCUCGCCUGGUUCGUCAGUCGCUUCCUUAGAGGUAACUAUGGCAACGCAGCAGUCUGGAUCUCGCUUAUCAUUGGCCAGCCUGUCGCCGUGCUGAUGUACUUCCAUGACUACUACGUUCUACACUACGUGCCACAAUCAUGAACAGUUGGCUGCAAGCGGAGGAGCAAUAUAUUAUGAUAAAGGAUGCAAAUGUAUAAUGUACAUUUUUAUUUUGAAAGGGACAUUUAUUAUGUUAAGCUAAACCGAAUAGCAAGAAUGUCAUGAGAUGUAAAUUGUUUGGCCUCCAGACACCAUUUCUCUAAUGCACUUAUACACUACAGAGAGAUUUGGCUCCUGUCCUAUCUUGUGCAAUUGUUGUGAAACACUGCCCUGCCAAAGCUAGAACAUUUGUACGCAUUCGUUCUCAGUUGUUUCUUACUUGAAAAGUUAAUACUAUGAAGAUCAAUGCAAACAACCUGCCUGCCUAUCAGUGUGCUGCUUUUUGACAUGUUUGACAC